UGACACAAAUUUCUAACAUAUAUCAUAUGUGUCUUCAUAUAAAAUUAUGAAAUCGUUACUUCUGAUAUUGUUAGUUGUAGUUUCCCUAUCUGGAACUAUCUGUGUGACAAUACAAGAACUUGCUGAUCAGAAUGAACUUCUUGCAGCUACUGUCAAACGUUUGGAAAAGAAACUUGAAGAUCUAGUACAAACGGUGAGGGAUUGCAAGUCUCCUUCGCGAAGACAAUCUUACGAAGGACCUGUAGCAUUUACUUACAAGCUAAUACCUAAGGCAACAGAUGUCGUGCGAGAUAAGGCAAUAGUAUUUCCAACAAGAGUCACAGAUCUAGGUUCUGGGUAUGAUAACUCUACAGGCAUAUACACAGCACCUCAGCCGGGUGUCUACAUGAUCAGUUGCUCCUUGCUGGCCGACCAUGACAUGAACUCCAAUCCAAUGCUUCACGCAUCUAUAAUUGUCGACGGAAUGAAAAUGGCUAACGUGUUUGCUUAUUCCGAAUCGGGAACUCAUCGGGACCAAGGUGCAAAUACUAUACUAGUUAACUUGAAGAAAGGCUCGCAGGUGUGGAUACAAGUAAAAGAUUCGGCACAUGUUACUAUUGGUGGUGAGCACUAUUCCACAUUCUCCGGUUAUUUACUUUGGCAGUUGUAGUUAUGUGUAUUUUUGGCUUAAUAUUUCAUUUAUGUCCAAAAUAAAAUUAUAGUUUCUUUU